UGCGCCUCCCUCCACCUGCUGCUGGUCAGCCAGGUUAAUGGAUAAACUUUCUACCUGCUGAACGACACUGAAACCAGACGGCAGCCCGGAAGAUACACACAACUAGAGAGGAAUACAGUAAGUGCGACUCUCUACGAUGAAAACAACUUUAUUUUAAGUUUCAGAAACAUUUACCGCCGUUAUCACCACCGGGACUCAUGUUUUUGACACAGAAAGCCCACAAACCGAUACCGAGCUUCAAGCUAACCUAACACACCGGCUAAACUUCAGCCGUGACCGGGGACAGUUACGGACUGGCACCAGGGGACGUUGUCGCGGGUUAAUACCUGGACAUGGACCGAUACAGGUACUUCAUUUUCAACCAGAAGAGCGUGCUCGUCCUCGGUAUCCUCCAGAUAGCUUGUGCGGGGCUUUGUGUGGUGUGCGGGUUCAUGGACGCUGUUUUCCGCAAGAAUACCCCGCUGAGUACCACCAGGACGCCGGUUUGGGGAGGACUGAUCAUGGCCUCUCCAGGUGUUCUGGCGCUGUUUGCCUCCCAAAGGAAGAACUCAGUACUGGUGAGUGUGAUGGUGGUAGCAGCAGGACUCUCCUGUGCGGCUGCAGUGUUCAUAUCAGCUUACUCCUGUCUCACUCUCACCUACGGAGAGGAGGAUGAGGAGGUCUUCCACCACCACGACAGUCCCGAAGUGACGUUUGUGCUUCAUCGGAUGGUGAAGGGGGCCAACGCCACCAUACUGCUGACCUGCACCAUCAGCCUGGCUCUCUCCUCUCUCAUCGCCUAUGUGGGCUGCCGCAGUCUUCCGUGCUGUGGCUGCUAUGAUGCCAGAACUGGAUUGGAAACGCUGGUUCCUCAGUGUGACCCUGGGGACACUGAGAUGGUUUGCACAUGGCAAGGAGGUGACGACAGGCUCUUCAACUCUCCAACUCAGUCCACUGACCAGGGCACCACUGAGGAAGAGGAGGUUCCCUCCAAACUGCCUCCAUACAGCAGACUGACCUGACACACACCACCACAUUAGAGACUGGUCCUACACAUCCCUGCUCCUUUCCUCCAUUCCAAAGAGGAGGGGAUUAUGGAUUAUAAUGGUGUGCCUACAUUUCUUAUUUUUGAAGAUGGACAGAGAGAAGGAAUCUGAAAACUCUAAAGAUGUCAGAUUGGAAAGUUGUAUAGAGAUCUUUUCUGAGUUGUUGAUCAAGCACUUUGGACUGUGGCAGUGUCUUUAUUUCCUCUUUGACCAAAGAUUUGUUGCCAAAUUCAUUUAAACCUUGCCAAAGUUGAAUACCUGUAUAUGUGACCCGUGCCUAUUUCCCUGUGUGCUGUGUGAAAGUGAGUAGUGUUCAAUAUAUCAAUUCUAAAAUGUUUUAUGUGUAUUUAAUAAAUAAAACCUGACUGA